AUGUUGUUACAGAGUAAAUGUUCCCAACCAUCAGUUGAAGUUCUCAUGGCAAUCUUCCUACAGAUCCUGAAAGCCAUGAUUUACAUAGGUGGCCAAGACAUUGUACUAAGUAAUUUAUGUUGUUCAAAUUUUCUCGUCUUUCGAAUGGAUCAAAGAACUCCAUCAAAAAAUCUGGUUAAACUAACUAAUUUUAGUAUGGCAUGUAAAGCAAAUUCUUCAUAUGCAGAUAACACACAAACAGCUAUUCCAGUACGCUAUUAUGCUCCUGAAAUUCUCAAAAGUAGAGAUCAAUCAAAUUAUUCUGAAGCAUUCGAUGUUUAUUCAUUUGAUGUUUUAAUGUGA